GUUUGCACUCUCAUAGGAACAAUCACACAUGAGGAGGGUUUCAGUAGUUCGUCAACCCUCUUCAUCAACCUGCAAUCGUUUUCUUCAGAGCACUUUCGAAAAAAGGUGCACGAUUUGCACCCUUUCUAAAGGGUCCAUUUCACAUCAUUUACACAUUAAAGGAACUUUUAAAAAAAAAAUUUCAUCAAGAUGAAUGAAAGUGAACUGGGAACGUCUACUAGUGAAGAUUACACAAAUACUUCAUCUUACAGUUACGAUGAGACUGACUAUAAAGAUGACAGCUGUAACAAGACAAAUGUGGUCCAGUUUGGAGCUGCUGUCACUCCAAUCGUUUUCACCAUAGUCAUUGUGUUCAGCUGUGUGGGGAACACAUUGGUCAUAUGGGUCCUUAUGAAAUACGAAAAUCUCAAAUCCCUGACCAACACAUUCUUGUUAAACCUGGCUCUCUCCGAUCUGAUCUUCACCUUUGGCCUGCCCUUUUGGGCCUACUACUACAUGUACGGCUGGACCUUUGGAGAUCCCGCUUGCAAAACGGUUAACUUUGUGUUCUACACGGGAUAUUACAGCAGCAUCAUCUUCCUAACAGUUUUAACUGUGCACCGCUACGUGGCCGUGGUUUACCCCAUGUCAGUGGUCAUAUCAAAGAAAAGUGUACACUGUUACGUAAUAUCUGCCGUCAUCUGGAGCAUCAGUCUUUGCGCUGCCGUGCCACAAGCCAAGUUCAACACAGUCAUUGAAAAUGACGAAAAAAUACGAUAUUGUGAUUUCGACCGUCAAGUUAAUUGGAAGCUCAUGGGUACAUACUUGCAAAAUUCCUUUUUCCUUGUCGCAUUCACGAUCAUUGCUUUUUGCUACUCUCAGAUCCUAGGACGACUGCUUCGGUCCAACUCUCACACUCGCAACAAGACAGUACGGUUAAUUCUCUGCAUCGUGGUGGUUUUUUUCCUUGGGUGGGGACCGUACAAUGUGGCCAUAUUUCUGGACUCUCUGAUCUCAUGGGGAAUUUCUCCUUUCAAUGAAUGCAAUGUCAGUAUUACUGUAGACUACUUGAUGUACAUCUCCCGGAUGGUGGCAUUCUCCCAUUGCUGCCUGAAUCCCGUGUUUUACGUCUUUGUAGGGAUCAAAUUUAGAAACCACUUGAAGAAAAUGUUAUGGACUGUCUGUAAGAAAGGUAGAGAGCCUCAGAAUCGACACAGCAGGCUUAUUUACUCGAAUGGUGAAGAAAUAUCCAUGUAUUAGAUCCCCAUGCUUGAAACAAUCAACGAUAGCUUUAAAAUAAUGUGUAAAAAUACAUCUCUGCAACACAAAUAAUGUAAAGAACUUUAGAAAUGCUCCAGCUGAUUAUAUUGAAAUUGCAUGUUUUAAAAAGUAUUUAAAAUCAAUUUCAAGCAUGCUUUUUUAAAGGAACAUAUAGGAAUGGCUUUUAAUUGCAUUAUUGUAUAGACAACAUGCUAUGUAAUUUGCAUUUGCAUUAUAUGGUACAUUUGCUUUGUUUUAUACAUUUCUGCAAUGAUUUUCAAUUGUGAACUUUGAUAUAUGUAAUAACUUUAUCUCUCCAUACUGUAUUUGCAAUAUUCAUCAUAUACAUUUGUAAUAUUUGAACAAUGUAAUAACAAAGUAAUAACUUGUAAUAAGGUGAACAAUGCUUUUUGAAAAUAUGUGCAUGAUCUAUGUCACUGCAAAAUAUGUCAAGGCUUGUUUUUGUCACAUUUGUCAGCCACAAACAAUAAAAAGACU